AUGGAUGAAAAGGUGCAUUUUAUCAAGCAAGGACUACCCAGCGAAAUUGUUGAUUUUUCUUUAAGAUGCAGAAGACAAGCUUUGCUGCUUAUAAUUUUUUCUGUUAUUUGCUUGAUAAUUACAAUAGCAAAUUUAAUUACGAUAUCAUUUCAUACUUUGUAUUCAGGGAUUAUUGAAUUAUUUACAUGUCUUAUUGGGGUUGCAGUUGGAAUAUUAGGACUUCGCGCAGCUCAAUUUCAAAAGCUUUCUAUUGUCAGAAGAUAUAAGUACUGCAUAAUUAUUUAUGCAAUUUAUUUUGUAUUGAGUACAGUUGCUACAGGUCUCAUUGAGUUCAUAUCAUACUUGAUGUCUUCAAAAGGUGCUGCUGAAGCUAGUAUUAUAGGGAUAACUUUAAGUAUCAUUGUUUUGAUAUCAUUACCAGUAUGUUGGUGAUGUUCAGUGAGCGCUAUUAUUUAUGCAAGGAAUUUAGAAAACUAUGAAAGAAAUCCUUAUGACACUGGCGAGGUAAUUGAAAAAGUAUCAACAGAUAUUGGUGGGUCAAGCUUGAAUCCUAUAAGAGGAUCGAUGAUAAACAUAUAA